UUAUAUAUUUAUCAAUUCUUUGAAAAGUAAUUAGAAAAAAACAAGCUUAAAAUGGUACUUAAAAUAUGUACAAAAUUAUUUAGUGUUAAAUAUCUGAAAACUUAAAUAAGGUUACCACCAAGCUGCCUUAAACAAACCAAAUAAAUCAUUGAGAAAUCCAGAUUUCUUUUAUUAAAACUUUUACAAAACCUAAACAAUGUUUAUAAUGAUAUAUACACAUAUUUUUAUAUAAGUAUAUUAUAUUUUUAUACUUACCGCCGAAAACAAAAGGUUUACUAAUUUUGUCAUUUCACUUAUAACAUUUACAAACUCGAUAGAUCGGUUUGUCUUUUGUCAAUAUUCUCUAAGUCUCAAAAAUUCAGAAAGUUGAUUGAAACUUUAUCGCUACGUUUCCUGAAUCAUCUUGUAUUGUGAAACAAUUUGGAAAACGAAAAUCUUAAUUAGAGAUUAAAGGUUUAUACGGUUUAUACUGCGCUUCUGUAUUAUACAUCUGAAGUUUGAUUCGAACAUUAAAUGUUCAGGUUAAAAAUAAUUUAUUUCGGCCAAAUCAAAAUACAUUUCUUAAAAAAGAUUACUUGAGAUGCCGGCCAUUCAAAAUUCGUCUUAACCUGAACAUAUAUCACUUACUUAGUUUUAAACUCUUAUUACACCAUUUAAGUAUAGUUGUAAAAGUUGUUGGUGAAAUAAUAAUGUUGUUUAAAAAAACCCAAAAUCGAAUUGUGUCGAAACCGUUAAUAAUAAAGAGAGAGAGAGAGAGAGAGAGAGAGAGAGAGAGAAAGAUAAAAAACAAGUUGAAAUAAAUGCCUUCGGUUUUAUAAGCUGAAGGAAAAAGAUCAAAUGUAUAGCAAUUUAAGACAACAUAGCGCUCUCUUCUAAGUUUCAGUUAAAGCUUUUGCCCAUUAAGUUGUGCUGCAUGUGUUAGACAACUUAUAGACGUUAAGACAGUGGGGAGUUAUCAUUAGUUGGCAAGAUUUUCAGCAGUGCUGUUAUAUAAAGCGCUUGAACUCCGAAGUGUGGCUUUGUGCAGUUAAACAUACUUUCUUAGCAUUUCUUAACCUAAAGGCACUUUCUUUCACUAUGCUAACCGAAAAUGAAGAAAUCGUUUUAGUGACUGGUGGUAGCGGAUUUAUAGGUCAACACAUUCUACAUUUACUUUCAUGCGACAUGUUCAAGUUGGGUAUUAAAGAGAUACGAUCAGUGGACUUGGAAUCCUACAAGAAUACAACAAAUCCUGAAAGGGAAUGUACGGUAGCGGUACGUUCGUUUAUUGGUGAUAUAAGGAAGCCUGAAACGCUUUUAGAUGCUUUUCGGGGAGUGGAUACAGUUUUUCAUUGUGCUGGCUUGAUUAGCUUGCAGUAUCCACCAAAUUAUGCAGAACUGGAUGGACAUAAUGUCGAUGGUACGCGAGCGGUGGUCGAGCUAUGUGUGCAGCAAAAUGUUAAGCGUUUGAUUUAUACAAGUUGCGCUUCGGUGUGCAUGGUGCCGUUUAAGGGACAUAGUACCUUUGCCAUGGUAAUUAAUCAAACUGAAUCGAAGGCGACAACUCCAAAAUAUGAUGCACAGAAUCCUAAUAAUUUUGACGGACGUUUUCUAAUAACCGGUUAUUCAUCCUCCAAACUACGAGCGGAAACUAUUGUUCUCAAUUCGAAUGGCGCCUUGCUUUAUAAUCAAAAAGGUUAUUUGACUACGACGGCCAUUAGGCCGCCCCUUACUUACGGUGAAGGCGAUCAACAUUUCUUACCCAAGAUUUUAACAUAUUUACGGCAACGUGAUUUUAUGUAUCCUAGAAUAGCCGGAGCUGGUGGCAAACAACAAAUAGCUUAUGCUGGUAACGUUGCUUGGGGUCAUAUAUGCGCCUAUAAAACUUUGAAAACUUCAGCCAAAAAUAUAGCUGGCUUGCCUGUAUUCAUUACGGAUGAUACGCCCAUUAAUGAUAUAUCACGUUUUAUACAGAAAAUCGGUUUGGCUAGUGGAAAAUAUACGGCACAACGAACCGCUUGGUAUUUGCCACAUUUUCUAUUUUUCCUUAUGGCGACUUUAAUUGAAUUAUUUAUAAAAUUCUUGACUCCGGUAAAGAAGAUGAAACUUGAAUACUCCUUGCGAGCUAUUAGUUCUUUUACUGCAUCAGUAAUGAUGUUCAAUCGUUUGCGAGCAGCUAUACACAUGGAUUAUGUACCUUUAGUUGAGGCGGACGUUGCUAUAGAGAGAACUGCUAAAUGGGUUUCCAAGUGGUUUGAAGAGAACCAUUCUAUAGAAACGAAGGAAACCCUUAAGAAACAUUGCUGAUGAUAAAAAAUUUCCACAAAAUUAAUAAUAUUAAAAAUAAAAAAAAAAACUGUUUCUGGUGUUAGUCUAUAAAAAAAAAAAAACAAAAAAAUGCAAAGUCAUUCCCUUCCUAACUACUCCGGCCUUUUUCUCGUUAUUCUCUUUUUAAAUAUGCAUGCAAAUGUUUUUUUAAUAAAUACCUACGCAUGUCAUCCAGACUAAGAAUCAAACAUAACAUAAUCGUAUACAAAGAAUUAAGAAAAUUAUAUUCGCCUACGACCGAAUCUUUUAUACACACACAUCACACACACAUA